CAACUGGACACCUGGAAAGAUGGCUAGAGGACAAAGACUUUGACUGGGGAAGUGGCCCCAGGCAGGAAAGGAGGAAUUCCAGCCUGUGUGUGGAAGAUUGGUGAGCUGUUUGUAUCAUCACGACGCCAGCAUGAACUGAAGUUCUAUUCAGAUGUUCUUUACCACAUGGGAGCAGUGUUCGUAGCGCAAUUUGGAUCCUGGUAUCAGAAGUGGGAGUCAUGGAAGAGAAAAAUUGUACCGUAGCAACCCAAUUCAUUCUCAUGGGAUUCACAGAUGACCCAAAGCUGCAGGUCAACUUCUUUGUGUUGUUCCUGGUGAUCUAUGUUAUCACCCUGGUGGGGAAUUUCGGGAUGAUCAUUUUGAUCAGAAUCAGUUCCCGACUACACUCCCCCAUGUACUUCUUCCUGUGCAGCUUGUCUGUUGUUGAUAUCUGCUAUUCAUCUGUUGUCACCCCAAAGAUGUUGGCAAACUUCUUAGCAGAGAACAAAGCCAUUUCCUACUCUGGGUGUUUUUCUCAACUGUAUUUUUUUGUUGCCUGGGUAUGUACAGAGUGCUUCCUCCUGGGUGCAAUGGCGUAUGACCGCUACGUGGCCAUCUGUAAACCCUUGCUUUAUUCAUCAGUUAUGUCCCAUAAAGUCUGUGUCCCACUGGUGGCUGGCUCCUAUAUCACUGGCUUCACAAAUGCCAUGAUUACUGUGUGUGUUAUUACCAGGUUACCAUACUGUGGUUCCAAUAUCAUCAGCCAUUUUUUCUGUGACACCCCUCCACUGCUAGCCCUAUCAUCCUCUGAUAGCUCCAUCGCUGAAAAUACCAUUUCUCUUUUAGCUGGUUUCACCUGUAUCAGCUCCCUCCUGAUAAUCCUCUUCUCUUACCUGUACAUCUUGGCUGCCAUUCUGAAAAUCCACUCUGCCGAGGGCAGGCACAAAGCCUUCAACACCUGUGCCUCCCACCUGACGGCCGUCACCAUGUUUUAUGGAACUCUGAUCUUUACAUACUUACGCCCCAAAUCCAGCUACUCACUGGGCCAAGACCAGGUGGCCUCUGUGUUCUAUACGGUGGUGAUCCCCAUGCUGAACCCCCUGAUCUACAGCCUGAGGAACAAGGAGGUGAAGGACGCCCUGAGGAGAUCUCUGGGGAGGGGAAGUGGUUUCAAGAUGAAUGUGUUUCCAUGUCAUUCUAAUAACCAAUAA